AUGGCGCUGCUGCUGGGGCUGCUCCUGCGGGCUGCUGCUGGGGCCGCGGGCUGGGCUCGGGCUGGCGGGCGGGGGGGAGGCAGAGAGCUCGGGGCACGCGCUGCCGUCCGGAACGCGGCUCUGGAAGGAACGGCGGGCGGCGGCGGCGGCGGCGCGUGCGCCCGCGCCUGCGCCGGGGCGGCGAGCAGGAGACGGCGCGUGGGGCGGUUGGGGCUAGCGGCUGGCGGCGAGCGCGCGCCCGGCGGCCCCGAGUGGGACCUUCCUCGGAGGGAAGACGCGUCCCCGCCAGGCGGAGCGGGCAGAGGCCCUGGCCUGUGCGCUGCCGCCUACUCCAUCCACAUUUAA